GAAGCCUUGAUAGGCUAAUGUCAAACCCAGUCCUUGUGUGUGCAUUACGGCAGAUCAAUGCCUUCGAAGUUCUUGCAGAUGCAUUGGAGAGAUUAACGCAGUGCAGGGAGAAGCUAAGCAAGAGUGGCAGUCCUCUACAGACAGUAAUGGCCUUAACACCAGAGGUCACAUUCAGACAAGCCAUCCUCUUCUUCACAGAGACCGAUUUUGUAACUGAUGCAGAACACCGCCCUGCUAUGAAAUACCUGCCACCGCCUGGCAAGAGGUCCAGGGCUGAAGUGGGAGAGAGCCAGAGGCACCACGCAGAAUCACUGUUUACCUACUUGCAAACAGGAGCCCAGAUUCUUUGCACAGUGCUGCUGGUCAAACCUGGCGCUUGGAGCCGUAGCCUUGCAAGGAUCCUCCGAAAACUAGACCUAGAAAAAUUCAGUGUGGUUGGAAUGAAACACGUAGACCUGGAACCAGACAUUGCCUUAGGCCUCCUUUCUUCCGAAGUGAAACAGGAUCCAGCUGUGUUAGAAGCUCAUUGUACCUACCUUACCUCAGGUACUGCUCUCGUGCUGUGUCUUCAGAGGCCAAAUGCUGUGAAGAAGCUUUUAGAUUUACUGGGGCCAGAGGAUCCUAAACAAGCCCAGGCACUAGAUCCGUUCCUCUGGCGGGCUCAGUAUGGCAUCAGCACAGUCCAAAAUGGAUUUUACGGCUCCAAAUCCUAUCAAAUAGCUGUCCGGGAUAUGAAGCUGUUUUUCCCAGAAGGGCUGUGCUGCGCCGAGUGUCAGACAUUAGAGGAGGAAGAGUGCCGAGAAGCCUACCAGUAG